AUGACAAAGAAGAAGACCACUGUUAAUCAUGUGCAAAAGCCAGUUUUAGCCGGUGGAGAUCCUUCAGGUGGUUCUGUUUGUUGUGAACGUUUUGUUCCAUUACAGGAGUUACUGAAGGACAAAAACUAUGUUCCAUCUGUGGAGAAUUUAGAGAAAGUCUUAUGCGAUGAGACUAUGCUAAAUGAUCAAAAAGUACGUUUUAGUUUAUUAUUUGAGGCUCUCGCAAUUACUUUAUUCACGACAAAUUCAGGGAAGUCAAUUUUACAGUCAAUACAAACUUUCACUUCAAAGAAAAGAAAACUUUGGGCCCAGUCCUUUGAAAAUAACAAUUCGAAUUAUGCUUCGAUCGUAUUUAGCUGGAAAGAUAAUGAUAUAUUACUCUUGAAAUUUGUAAGGUUUCUAUUGGCAAAUAAAACGAUGCCUCUCAAAAUUGAUCGGUACAACCUUCCAGAACACAAACUCCCGUUAAGCUUUUUGAUUGUUUCAAAGAUCAAUAUUCCCUCCAUAUUGCUUAAUGAAGGCUAUAACCUAUUAAAAGAUUAUCUGUACUCGAUAACAGGGCGUAUAGAAGAAUUGUUAAUGUGCAGUCCUAAAUUCAAUCAACCUGCACUUGUCGUCAAGAGGACUCUGAAGGAUUAUGAUAGGAUGAUAGAAUGUGAAAAUUGUUACUGUUGGUAUUAUUUUAAUGCCGAGAAUAGUGCUCAUCUUAAAUUUGAUGAUAACAUCGCUUGUUUGAUGGGUAGUGAGAACAAUACUGAAAAUGGUCUUGGCGAUAGUCGUGUUAAUAACAAUAAUUAUCAUAAACAACCGAAGGAUGUAGUAAUGAGUCGAACAAUCAACGAUCAGGAGCAAAUAUACUCGUUCGAACUGAAUCAUGAUGGAACACUUGAAAUACCCAACGUUAUGAAACAUUCUUUACUAAGGCAUGAGCUUCUUUUUAAAAUCUUGAAUUUGACUCCGGUAUCAACACCACUAUUAGAACUGCAGUUUUCCACAUUAUGUGGCUUAGUAGAUCCAUUAAUGCAACCUACACCUAAUGACAAACAUAUUAUAUCAAUAGACUUCCUUUUCAAGCUUUUUUUGGGUUUAAUGUAUCCAGCAAUCAAAUCUUCACAAGGACACAACGAUCACUACGAUUGGAAAUUUUAUACGUGUUUUAACAUGCAAAAAAUUAUUGAUGCUACUAUGUCGAGGUUAAACUGCUUCGAUUUCAAUAUAUUAAAUUCAGUGAAUAAUACAGAUAGCUCUGUUCAUUGGAGAACGCAACUACAUAGAUGGCUACCGCAUGGCCUGAACACACAAGAUUUAGAAUUACUUUACAUGAUUGAUAUACUGGCAGUAUACACUAUCUACAAGUUGUAUGAAAAAUUACCCAUACAACUAAACCCCUUCCUAUUUUCAUUGAUAUCCCUAUGGAAAAAUCUCUCUUGUGUUAUACUUCUGGCCCUCGAAAUUGAUAGAAUUGAAGAAGAAAAUGGAACAUACGAAACGCCACUCAUGGUUCGCGCCACAAUUCGUGGAGCUGCAGCCUUAAGAUCUGUGAUAGCUACUAUUCUUAAUGGACUAGUGAAAACUAAUGAGCAUGAUUUCAAGCACGAAUCAUUAAAUACAUUCAUGUCACCUUAUGGAAGGAAGUUGUCCCAUGGUGCUUUGUAUGCUGAUUUGAGGUCGCACAGUGCAUCUUUGCUUGCAUUCGGAACAAGUAUCGAAGACGUUACAGAUUUGUUUGCCGAUUUACAAUCAGGCGAUAGAUUUGACGAGGAUAUUAGAUACAUGUUUGAUUAUGAAUGUGCGGAUUAUGACGAAUCCUUUUCCGAAAGCGAUGAUGAAGGAUUGGAGGAAGGUAUUGUUAAUGCAAGAGAAAAAAUAAAAUCCAGUAAUGAUAAUAAUGUUUUUUGUCAGAGAAGGUGCAAUUGUAUCUUUAAUGACGAUAAAUUGGUAGCAGAAGAUGGGCUAAAUGAGGUCUUUGAGUCGACAUGUAAUAGAAAUGGGGAAAGAAGAGUGAGGAAUAAUAUUGAUGUGGUAUCUAAUACCGCUAUCACGACUUCCAAUCAUGUAAGCACAUCAAUUAAUCCAUUUUCUGUUAGAGCAAGAAGCACUUUUGAAUUUGAUUACAGUGGGGAAGAUUGGAGAGAUGUUCCCAGAGAUUUUAAUAUGUACUAUUCACCAUCUUAUCCAUUCAUUCACGAUCCCAAGUUAGAUGUGAUAUUUAACUUAACUUUACGUGGUGCAACCGAAAAGUUGAAUAGAGAAGAGUCUAUAUUGCUAGUACGUUCAGUUGCAUCGUGCGUAAAAAACGAACAGGAUCAAAUGGUGCUAGCAGACUUGAAAACUAAUCUUACAGGAAUAAGCAAACAUGCUGAAGGUGAAAAUAGCACUAGUAUUUCAAAGACAGAUAAUGAGGAGCUCAGAAGAACAACGCCGGAUGAUAUCUACGAAAUAUGGUCUGAAGAGUCUGCUUUCGAAAGGAUGCUGAAUGUCAACCACGAUGUUGCUUGGCGAUUGAUGGAUGAGAUGUUAAUGUGUACCGGUUAUAGGAGGAUAUUAAUAUGGUUCUUUACUCAUCUAGAAUUAAAACAUUCGUUGAUAUAUUACGUUUUUGAAUUAAUAAUGGGUUUACGUGGUAAGGCCUUUUCUGGAAAGGCCAGUGACCAAGAUAAAAAGGAUGAUAUGAUAUAUGAAAUCCUGAAGAAAAAGCAGAAGAACGAUGAUGCUUCAAGCCUUCCAUUUUCAAGACAAGGCCCCAUUAUAUUAUCUGAUAUUGAAACCAAGAUGUUGCUGCAAGAGUUCUUUAUGAAUGCUGCAAUUUUUUUGUCGUCAAAUAAUAGCGAAGAGGAGAAUGAAGAUGGUGAAAAAAUCUCUUUAUAUUCCCUCGGUUUAGUUAGGCUGAUAUGUUACAUGGUACAAACACUCAUCACAAACGACAAGUUUUUUUUUACCAAAUCAGAGUGUACCUUCGAGCUUCAAACUUUACUAAUGACGUGGAUCGGUAUCCUUCCUGAAGCCAAAGAUUUGUUUUUCGAGAUUAAAACAAGAUUAGCUAUGGAAGAAGACAAUGAUACUGGUACUAUGCAACACGAGGGCAGGAGAAGUCUUGAUAUAGAAAAGAAACUAAACACAAAACCAGCUUCUAAACUGAAUCUGAAAUUGCUGAGCCUAUUUCCGUCUAAUUCUGCAGACAAUGGUGAGAAUUCUGCCAUUAACACACUGCGUAAUUUCAUUACUGAUUACUCCUUCGACACACAAGUAAAUCCUCCAGGAAGAAAAGUGGUAUUCUACGAUGGCAAGAUUUUACCCUUAACAAAGGCCGAUAAGCCUAUACCCCUUCAUGAAUAUAUAACACUAGCAGAACUCGAUGUGGGGGAUAGUGAGUGA